UAAAUAAUGUUGGUUAUAUAGUUUCUUGUAGUUGGUGGUACUGUUUUUAUGUUGGUUGCACUGUAGUUUCUUCAAACUGGCGCCAAAUUGCUGAUAGUUCGUUGUGAUCUGCUAUAUUUUUGUUAUUCUGUGUAAAACUUUCUUGUAAGAAGCAACAAUGGCUGGACGAGACUAUGAUAAGGAUAAAGAAUCGUUGAAAACGUUCUUUAUGGAAUACAGCGUUCAAGAUGACUCCGGCAUGAAGGACUUUAAAUAUUCGAACCAACUAACGAAGUUAGCUCACAGAGAGCAAACGGAAAUGUACAUUGAGUUGGAUGAUGUGCAUGAUUUCGAUGAUGAACUAGCAGAAGCUAUAAUGGGCAAUACAAGACGUUACAGCAAUCUGGCAUCCGAUGUUGUUUUUGAGAUCCUACCCACUUUCGUGACAAAAGACGUAAUCGCAAAAGAUGCCUUGGAUGUGUAUAUUGAGCAUAGAUUAAUGAUGGAACAGAGAACGAGGCAACCACAUGAGCAAAGGGACAACAACAACAAAUUCCCUCCAGAAUUAAUGAGAAGAUAUGAAAUUUACUUCAAAGACAUGUCCACCAGCAAAACCGUCCCCAUUAGAGAAGUAAAAGCAGAAAACAUUGGCAAACUUGUAACUGUGAGAGGCAUUGUAACCCGCAGCACAGAAGUAAAGCCCAUGAUGUGUGUUGCAACAUACACGUGCGAUCAAUGUGGUGCUGAAACAUACCAACCAGUGAACUCAUUGAGUUUCAUGCCCCUUGACAUGUGCCCCAGUGAUGAUUGCAGGGUUAACAAGUCCGGGGGUAGAUUGUAUUUGCAGACCAGGGGCUCCAAGUUUGUCAAGUUUCAGGAGAUCAAAAUACAGGAACAUAGCAGCCAAGUUCCUGUGGGUCACAUUCCCAGAACUCUUGCCAUAUUCUGUAGGGGUGAAAAUACGAGACAUGCCCUACCCGGUGAUCAUAUUUCCGUGACCGGUAUAUUUUUGCCGCUUAUCAGGGGCGGUUUCAGGCAAAUUGCCGGAGGGUUGUUAUCUGAGACGUACCUGGAAGCCCAUAAAAUCACGUCGCUGAACAAGGUGGCCGAAGACGAGAACUCCUCCCUCACGCCGGAAGAAUUGGAACUGUUGGGCGAAGAAGACUUCUACUCGAAACUGGCGUCGUCUCUGGCGCCCGAAAUUUACGGGCACGUCGACGUGAAAAAGGCGCUUCUGUUGCUUUUGGUGGGCGGAGUCGACCGCAGACCCGAUGGGAUGAAAAUCCGCGGCAACAUCAACAUUUGCCUCAUGGGAGAUCCCGGUGUGGCCAAGUCGCAACUCUUGGGGUACAUUGACCGUUUGGCGCCCAGAAGCCAGUACACCACUGGCAGAGGUUCUUCCGGUGUCGGUUUGACGGCCGCCGUCAUGAAGGAUCCUUUGACUGGGGAAAUGAUGUUGGAGGGGGGCGCUUUGGUUUUGGCCGAUCAGGGAGUCUGCUGCAUUGACGAGUUCGAUAAAAUGGCCGACGACGAUAGGACUGCCAUACACGAAGUAAUGGAACAGCAAACUAUCAGUAUUGCAAAGGCCGGUAUUAUGACAUGCCUGAACGCGCGAGUAUCAAUCCUGGCGGCGGCCAACCCCGCCUACGGUCGCUACAACCCCAGACGCACCAUCGAGCAAAACAUCCAACUGCCCGCCGCGCUUUUAUCGCGUUUCGACCUUCUCUGGCUCAUACAGGACAAAGCCGACCGCGACACCGACCUCCGGCUCGCCAAGCACAUCACGUACGUGCACCAGCACAGCAAGCAGCCCCCCCUCGAGAAUUCUACGCCCCUGCUCGAGAUGUCGGUCAUGCGCAAGUACAUCGCGCUGUGCAAGAGAAAGGACCCCAUUAUUCCGACGGAGUUGACCGAUUUCAUCGUGGGGGCGUACGUUGAGUUGAGGAGGGAGGCGCGCAACUCCAAGGACGUGACGUUUACAUCCGCUCGUAAUCUUCUCGGGAUUCUCCGCCUCUCCACGGCUCUGGCUCGGUUGAGGCUCGCCAACGAGGUGGAUAAGAGCGACGUGAACGAGGCGAUCCGGUUGAUGGAGAUGAGCAAGGAUUCGCUGAAUCAGCGGUUCGAGAGCGCGGGCUACCGGCCGCCGAACACCAACGACAGGAUCUUCGAGCUCGUUCGGGAGCUGGCGGGGGACAGCAAGACGGUCAAGAUUGCCGACGUGGUGGAGAAGUGCAGCAGCAAAGGGUACAAUCCCGACCAGGUCGACGCGUGCAUCGAGGAGUACGAGGAGUUGAAUGUCUGGCAAGUUAACCAGACCAGGUCCAAGCUUACUUUUAUAUGAAAAUUUCAUUCGUUUUUUCCUUCAUGUUCAUGUUUUUCAUUUUACUACAUCACUUGUAUUUUUUCAUCAAUAAAAACAUCAUUUUUUA